AUGUCUCCCUCUCAGCCCAUCAAGAUCCUCAUAGCCAAUCGAUCCGAGAUAGCAUGCCGCCUCAUCAGGACGUACUCGCUCUACCCCAACAUCCACACCGUAGCUCUGUUCACUCCCUCUGAGAAGGAUGCCACACACGCGCGUCUUGCGACCGCAUCAGUGGCGCUCCCGGGAGAAGGCCCACGCGCGUAUCUGGACGCGGCGAACAUCGUCGACAUUGCGAAGAAGGAAGGAUGCUGGGGGAUCGCGCCGGGCUAUGGUUUCUUGUCCGAAGACGCUGGGUUCGUGAGACUCUGCGAGGAUGCAGGUGUCGUGUUCAUCGGACCGUCGAGCGAGCAGUUGGCACGGCUUGGAGACAAGAUCAGCGCGAGGUCACUGGCGGCAGAUGCAGGUGUGCCGGUUCUGGAUGGCACCAAGACCGUCGGUCCCGCGGGUUCGUCCAUCACUGAUGUCCUGGCGUUUGGACGGGGCCUGGGACCAGGCAGGAAAAUCAUCCUGAAGGCCGCGGCUGGCGGUGGAGGGCGCGGCAUCCGCAUCGUCGACGACAAUACAGACGAGCAAGCCAUCCGCACGGCUUACGAGGCUUGUCAGCGAGAGGCACAGGCAUCCUUUGGCAAUGGGAGCUUGUUCGCGGAGCGGUAUCUCUACGGUGCUAAACAUAUCGAAGUCCAGCUUCUCGGGGAUGGCACUGGACAAGUCUGCCAUUUCUGGGAAAGAGAAUGCUCGCUACAGCGCAGGAACCAGAAAGUCGUCGAGAUUGCACCUUCGCAUUCCAUCACGCCACGGCUCAGGCGAGCCAUCAUCGAAUCUGCGAUGAAACUGGGGAAGGCAGUGAAGCUGCGGAGUCUCGCCACAAUCGAGUUCCUGGUCGAUGCGGCGACCGAAGACUAUUAUUUCAUGGAGGCGAAUCCCAGGAUCCAAGUUGAGCACACCAUCACCGAACAGAUCAAUGGCAUUGACUUGGUGGAUUUGCAGCUUCAGGUGGCCUUGGGACGAACGCUGGCAGACCUUUCCAUAACGCAGGAACCCGCACCACCUCGACUGACAUCCAUCCAGCUACGCAUCAACGCCGAAAGCUUCAGGCAAGAUGGCACCGCGCAACCUGAAGCGGGCACUAUUCGACAAGGACAUUUUCCCACUGGAGCAGGCGUACGAGUUGACACAGCUCUCGAAGGAGGCCGGCCGUAUGCUGUGAGCCCUUUGUUCGACAGCCUCUUGGCGAAACUCAUCGUCACCUCAUCUUCGUAUAGGUCCGCACUGCGGCUAGCUCGUCGGGCUAUCGAUGAGACAAGGAUCGUGGGGUGCAGGACGAAUCAGGCGUUCCUGAUGGCUUUGCUGGAUCUCCGAACCGUGCAAGAGGGCAGGAGCAACAUUUUGACCAUCCAGGAGAACUUCGCUGCGCUGUACAACGCCACGCAGCAGUUCGAAGACGCGUUGCGAGCUAAAGGUGACGACCGCACCUCUGAAGAAGCUACCUCGCUAAAGGAGAAUGCGGCCAAAGUUGAGCGACCUGCAGGCACUGAAGAGCUGCUCGCGCUUGUCACGGGGGUUGUCCUUUCCAUGAAAGUGAGCGAAGGCGACAAGGUCACGGCUGGCCAAGAACUGGUCGUUCUUGAGGCCAUGAAGAUGGAACAUUCCGUCCGAAGCUCCUACAAUGGUGUUGUGGCGAAAGUGGCCGUCACCCAAGGACAACAAGUAACUGCCGGCGAACCUCUUCUCUUCAUCAGCUCGGAUGGCGACAAUUCAUCUACCAAUACACGCGACCUGGCCGAGACUGAGGACCCAGAAGAGCUGCGGCCUGAGCUGACGGAGCUGAACGAACGCAAGGCCGUUCUACGGUACGCGGCUCGCGAAGAGGACGUGGCCAAGCGCCAUGCAAACGGAUAUCUCACGGGCCGGGAAAAUCUCGACUUACUCGUCGACAAGGACUCCUUCAUUGAAUAUGGAGACCUGGUGGUCGCGGCACAGAGGAAAAGGUACCCCCUGUCCCACCUCAUCGCUCGAACAAGCGGGGAUGGUAUCAUCGUCGGCUGGGCCAAGAUGGACUCUCAUCCGGUCGCGAUGGUCAUUGGCGACUACCUCGUCCUUGCCGGCACGCAGGGACACUUCCAUCAUCAGAAGUUGGACCGCAUCUUCCAAUCAAUCAUCGACCAUCCUGCGCCAGUGGUGUUUUACGCCGAAGGAGGCGGUGGAAGACCCGGUGACACGGACCACUUGGGCAUGGCGGGCCUGAAGACGCCAUCAUUCGCUUUGAUGGGCCAGGUCAAGGCGAGAGGGAUCCCUUCUGUUGCCGUCGUGAAUGGGUACUGCUUUGCGGGCAACGCGGCAUUCUUGGGAACAUGCGACAUUAUCGUAGCUACGAGAGGCGGUGCAAAGGAUGCGCCGUCGAGGAAGUCCACCACGAUCGGCAUGGGCGGCCAAGCAAUGAUCGAGGGCGGCGGCCUGGGCAGAUUCGAGCACGAACAUAUCGGUCCCGUCGACGUCCAUAUGCGCUCAGGCGGCAUUGAUGUACUGGUGGACACCGAGGUCGAAGCCGCGCCGCUUGUCCGCAAGAUCGUUGCUCUCUUCACACAGCCGCGACUGCCACCAACGGAGAGUCCCUACACAUCGGAUCCUCUGCGCUUACGAACCGCCGUGCCGCCACUGUCAUCUCGACGCCGGGCCUACGAUGUCCGUCGUGUGAUCAACCUCCUUCUGGACGACGACAGCUUCAUCGAGUUCUGCCCCGAGUGGGGUCUCUCCGUGCUUACGGGCUUUGGCCGCGUCAACGGGCACGCCGUCGCCAUCAUAGCCUCCAACUCGUCCUCCCCACUCGGCGGCGCCAUCGACGUCGCCUCCGGCGCAAAAGUCAACCGCCUCCUCCGCCUCCUCAUCCGCACCGGCGGCAUGCACCUCCUCAGCCUCUGCGACACCCCCGGAUUCAUGGUCGGCCCGGACUUUGAGCGCUGCACCGAAGCUCAGGGCGCCGGCAGCACGUACCGCUGCUUUGGCGACUGGUUCGGCAACGCCGCAGAAUUUGCCCUCUCGGGCGGUCGCGUGUUAGGGGUCGUCCUGCGCAACGGGUUCGGCCUGGGCGCACAGGCGAUGCUCGGCGGCGGGAGUUUGAACAACAGCAUGUGCGUGGCGUGGCCGAGUGGCGUCUUUGGAGGCAUGGGCAUCGAGGGAGCCGUCAGGCUCGCAUACCGCAAGGAGUUGGAAGCCAUCGACGAUCUGGAAAAGAGGAAGAAGACAGAGCAGGAGAUGAUCGAUGUCAUGUACAGCGAGGGCAAGGCCCUCAAUAUGGCCAUGGCCGCGGAGAUUGACAGCGUGAUUGAUCCCGCCACGACGAGGAAGUGGCUGGAGCAGAUGAUUGCCGUGUUGCCGGAGAGGGUGCCCAGGUAUGCCAAGGCAAGGAGACGUGCGAAGAUGUGA